ACUUGGAAAGCGCUCCGCGGGAUUCUCGGUAGCGGCUGUCGAUGCGCUUUCGUUCAAACGAACACAAAAAUUCCUGGGCUCCGGUGGUGGUGGGGAAGUAAAGUAGAAAUUGUAAGUUGAGUUAUAAUAAUGAUAGCAUUUAUGAUUAUUAUGGAACGAUAAACACGCUUCGCAAGCGCUUCUUCACGAGCCACGCGCGCUUUAUAAAGCGAGUCCCUGCUGUUCGGGUGAGUCGUAACAACAGCCUUGUCCAAGCGAUUCAAUUGGAGCGGAUGCGUUGCGCAGCGUCACCGGGGGAGACAAAGGCGGUCGGGCGUGGUGCUGGACCACCCCCAAACCCUCCUCGUGCGCCGUGCCGGCCUUCCUAGCGUUGACAGCAGCAUGGCCGUCCGCACGGGUGGGCCUCUCCCGGCGGGCCCCAUGGAGGCCACGGCCCCCGAGGCGUGCGAGCUGCUGUCACGCCGACUGCGCAUCGCCGAGGAGGAGACCGAGGCCCUGGUCCGUGACCUCGAUGCGCUGGGCCUGGGGCGGCACCCGAAGGGACACACCGAUGGCUCGACGGCCGACAGCAUCGCACAACCGUCGCCGCCGACGCCGCUGCCUCCCUUGCGCGUGUCGCGAGCGCUCGCGCCGGGCGCGUCGGACAUGCUGUGGCGUAGCUACGAGGCGCUGGUGCAGCGCGUGUGCCGCGCCGAGAGCGCCCUGCACACGCUGAGGCUGACCGCGCUGCGCCUGCAGGCCGAGAGGGAGCUGGCGCCGCCGGACGCGGACGACGAGGCGUCAUCGCUGCGCGAGGAGGUGUCGGGCCUACAGCAUGAGGUGGCGCGUCUCAGCCAUCGGCUGGCCGAGGCCGUGCACCAGCUGGAGGCGUCCGCGGAUGAGAAGGCCCGACUAUCCGCCGCCCUCGAGGUCGCCAUGGCCACCAAGAGUGACGUCGCGAUCGCCGCCGAGGAGAUGAGACACAAGACGACCCGCAUGAACAAUCGCGUGAACGAGCUGCGCGCGGAGCUGUCGCGCGAGGCGAGCCUGAGAGCGACGCUCGAGGAGUCCCACGUCGCGCUGCUGGAUCGCGUGCGCGACGCCGAGCGCAUCGUCGAGGCCGAGAGGUCGGAGGUUGCUCGGCUGCAGGGCCAGUGCUCGUGCGUACGCCAGGAGGGCCUGGCGGCGGCCGAGCGCUCGCGACGAGACAGGGAGAGGGCGAGCGAGCUGGAGGGGAGGGCCGCAGACCUCCACGGGUGCGCAGGUCGGUCCCUCGAAUCGUCUCCGCGAUUCCGUCGCCGGGCUUUGCUUCUCGGCAUUGUUUCCUCCCAGUGUUUCGUCCCGCGUUCAGAUUCCUCAGGAAAUAUGGAGAUUCCCUUCGUUGUUCCGUUCGUUGGUUGGUUCGCUUCUUCAUUUCUCGCAGAGGCAAGGGAGUCGAUCAUCACUCGGAUGACGGAGGAGGGGAAGAGGCUGCAGUCGGAGCUGCACGAGGAGAAGAGGGAACGCGGGAAGCUGCAAGCAGAGAAUUCCUCCGUCGUGGCCUCUCUGAAGAAGAUGCAGGCCGAGAAGCAGGAGCUGCAGAGGCAGAACGCGGCGCUCGCGACGGCCGCCCGGGCCGCGGAGGUCGCAGCCGAAGAGGCGCGCGCCGCUCACCAGAAGGACCUCCAGGCGGAGAGGGCAGUUCUGACCGAGCGGAUCCGGGAACAGGACGGCGUGCUGGAGGCCGCGCGGGCGAGCGUGAAGGAGCCGCUCGCCUCCGCGCGCCGGAAGAUCGCGCGACUCGACGCUCGGCUCACAAGCCUGCAGCACGAACGAGUGGAGCUGGUGCGAGAGCGAGACCUCGCUAUCGAGGGCGCCACGUCCCAGAAGGCCGGGCUGGAGGAGGCGGCCGUCCGGCUGCAUCGCGAGCUCGACUCGGCCAAUCAGGAGCUGCAGCAGGCGCGGCGCGAGAAGGGGGGCAUGCUGCGAGAGAUGGAAACAAUGAAGAAGCAGCAUUCGGAAGAGAGAGACAAACUUGAAGCAGAGAACGCAAAGAACAAGCUGGAGGCCCAGUCCCUGGGCGGCGUCCUCCGCGCCGUCGAGGAGGAGGCCGGGCGGCUCGCGGGGAAGCUCGCCGCCUCCGAGCAGCGGCAGAGUGGCGAGCGGCAGGUGGAACAGCUGCUCGGCGAGAUGACCGAGAGCAAGAACCGGCUGGCGUACGAGAAAGGCCAGCUGCAGACGCGCGUGGAGCAGCUGGAGGCGGAGUUGCGCCGUCUGUCGGCCGAGCGGGCGGAUAGCGGCCGCUUGUCGCGGCUCAACACAGCUCUGCAGGCCAGGCACGCCGAGGCGACCUCCGAGUUGAGCUCCUGCAAGGUGACCGUUUCGCGGCUGGAAGCGAAGCUCGCCCAGCUCGAGUCGUCGCUGGAGACCAAGGAGGAGGAGUUUGCCCUGGCGGUCCGUUCCCGUGACGACGCCCUGCAGGAGAAGCUGAGGACCAUGGGCCUCUACGAGGGGACGCAGGAGCGGGAGAGGCAGAAGGUGACCCAGCUGUCGCGGCAGCUGGAGGAGUCGCGGGCGGAGCGCGAGCGGCUGGCGACGGCGCUCCAGGGCGUGACGGCCGCUCACGGCGAGCUGCAGGCCGCGCUGCAGGAGGCGCAGACGCAGCUGGGGCGGCGUGACGGCCACGUCGCCGGCCUCCUGCAGCAGAGGACGCAAUCCCAGCAUGCUUUGCAGCAGCUGACGACGGAAUUGGAGACACUGCAGUCCAAGCUGGCCACCGUGGAGACUCAGAACGUCAGCCAGAUGGAUCCGGCGAGGAAGGCGCUGGAGUCGUCGCACGCCGACAACACGAGGCUGGCGCGAGCGCUGGAGCGGGCGUUGGCGGAGGAGGCGGAGUUGCGCGAGCGCCUGGCGCGCGCCGCCGCCGCCGCCGACGCCGCCAACGGCCGGGCUGAGCAGCUCGCGGCAACGAGGGAGCGGGAGGCGGAGGAGGCGCGCGCGGAGGCCGAGGUGCAGGCGGGGCGGCUGACGGCGCUGAGGGCUCAGUUCCAGAGCGAGAGGGACGCGGCGAAGGUCGCGGAGCACAGGGAGAUGAGCCAGCUGCGGCGAGCGCGCGACUCUGCCGCUGCGCGCUGCUCGGAGCUGUCGCGAGCGAACCGGGAGCUGCGCGAGCGCGCGGCGGCACUGGAGGAGUCGCUGGCGACGCAGGCCGCCGCGCUCAAGAAGCUGCGCGCCGAAGGGCGCAGGCAACGUGACGUCGCCAGGUCGAACGGCGCCAGCCUCAAGGAAGCGGAGGGCGAGCUUGCCGCCAUGCAGCGGCUUCGCGACGAGUACCUGAAGAAGAGUGAGGAGCAAGCCGGCUGCCUGUCGCGGUUUGCCGACGAGGUGAAGGCGCUGCAGGAGGAGCAGCGGGCGCUGGCGCUGGCGCAGGCGGCCUCCGAGCAGCUGUGCCGCAGACAGGAGGGAGAGCUCGCUCGCCAGAAGCAGCGGGCGCAGGAGCUGGAGGCAGAGUUGGCGCACCUGCGGGCGUGCAAGGAGGAGAUGGAGCGCCGACUGCAGGAGGCAAGCGACGAGUCGCAGCAGAUCUCUUCCAACCUGGAGGAGGCCCACCGCUGGUUUCGUGAUAAAUUCGACUCCCUGCAAACAGAGCUGCACGUCGCCAAGCGCCGAAACGGUCCCGCACGCUCCACCACGAAUUUGGCGCCCAACGCGGGGGCAGAUCCUGCGAGAUUGUGCGUGCAGGGGUCUACGAGGGGACCCCGGGACGGACGAGGAGGCGAGGACGCCAGGCUGCAGCCGCUGGUCGGCCGCUGCCGGUCAAAGCAGGAGCUGCGUCUGAUGGCGCGCAACCGAGAGGAGCCCUCCACCACCGUAACCAUUCCCCAACCACCCGCCGGUGGGCAGGAAUGAGAGACGUACAUUAUGCUAUGGCCAGUCCCAAUCCACCUCGAUAUAUGCAGUAAAAAUCAUUUUAUCCGUGGCAAUGCUUUAAUGGUGCUGCUCGGAAGGAUCCUGUUGGCCGUGUUUAUCGGUUUUCCUGCACGGUUUUGCCGACCUAACCCUGACAGGAAGCCUACAACACGUACUCUAUGCACGAUGAUCACCCAUCCCAACAUUAGCCAGGCUCCAGCCUGCUUAGCUUUUGGGAUCUGCCAAGGAUAAGCCAUUUGUGGUAGGUUUCGUAAGCCAAUAGUCUACCUGUAUAUGAUGAAUUUGCCACCACUUCUGGGCAAAUUAUCAAUCGAGAUGCUGGUCAAAGGAUGGCUUCCAAGACACUGGUGGCACAAAAUGGGAUGGAGAUUACCAACGCUUGCGGGAGAAUAACACGGAAAUAGGAGUAACUCAGUGUCAGAUAGGGCCUGGUAUGAGUUUCCAGUCUUCCAUGGCCUUUGCAAAGCCGUGAGAGUUGAACUGCACAUGUUGUUGCUUUCAAUUAUAUUGGUUUGUGAAGAGCAAUGUCGGUUGAGCUGACAGGGUGGACCAUGAACCAGAUUUAUUUAUUCACUCGAGGCCACAUUUAACUCAAAAAGGCAUUAAUAUUUACUCGCAAUACAAUAACAGUUGGUUGAGAUUGUAUUAAACUAUUGCCUAGGCAGGAAGGAGAUCCUACAAACAAAAUAUUGUACUUUUCUAAAUGUCAGUUACUGUAUUUUGCACUCUGGAAAGUGUAAUGCUAAUGUACACAUGUACAUUAAAAUUCCAAGUUUUU